GCCCCCUCAAGUGGGAUGAGGCUGCGCGUUCCCUUCAGGGACGUGGCUGUGGCGGAGGAGAAGGAGCCCCCUCCGAACUGUCCCCUGGACAGCGAGCAGCUGGGCCGCAGCACCUGGGCCUUCCUGCACACCAUGGCUGCCUACUACCCCGAGCGGCCCUCGGGGGCACAGCAGAGGGAGAUGAGGGACUUUAUCAACCUCUUCUCCAAGUUCUACCCCUGUGAGCACUGUGCUGAGGACCUGAGGGACAGAUUACGGACAAACCAACCCGAUACGAGCACCAGGAGUAACUUCUCCCAGUGGCUGUGUCUGCUGCACAAUGAAGUGAACAGGAAGCUGGGGAAGGCAGAAUUCGACUGCUCCCGUGUGGAUGAGCGCUGGAGGGAUGGCUGGAAGGAUGGCAGCUGUGAUUAACCCCCAGGGAUUGCUCUGGGAAUCCAGCAGAGCACUUCAGUCCAUGGGGAGUCACUG